CGCCCGCUUGUUUGGCGGCCGGGGCGGGGCCGGGGGCGGGGCCGUGAGGGAGCGGAGCUGGGCAUGGCGGGUGUGCGGCUGGCGCCCUGCGACGGGGGCUGCCCCGUGGCGCUGCCGCCCGGGGAGACGCUGCUGGGACGCGGCCCUUUGCUGGGAAUUACCGAUAAGCGUGUAUCCCGAAAACAUGCCAUAUUGGAAGUGGUGGGUGGCCAGGUUCGCAUCAAACCGAUUCAUGUAGAUUCAUGCUUUUAUCAGUCUCCUGAGAGUGGCCGUCUGCUACCACUGGAGGCACAUGAAUGGCACUCGUUGAAAUAUGGUGAUAGCUUUUCCCUGAUGGUUGACAAAUACAUCUUCAAGGUCCUUUCUGCUCAACCUGUGGAGAGCACAGAGAGGAAUAAUCCAGAGGCUGAUGCAGAAGCAACAGUAAGUGUUCACCCUGCUGAGAUAUCUUGUAGUCCAUUGUUACCUGAGCCAGCAUGUUCCACCUCUGAGAUGCAAAGUCCCACAAAAAUAAGAAAAAAUGACUCUGCUUCCAUGCAUCUGGUUCCUCUUCGUUAUGAUGAUGAAAGCGAACAGUCAAAAUCUAUUCUAAGGAAGAGGGUGCUUCCAUCAUGGAUGCUAGAAGAAGACCUCCUGGUUCCGAGGAUUUCUGAGCCUAUAAUGAAAGGAAGUGGUAGAAACAAGAAAAGCCAAGGAAGGGGAGAAAGGAAUAUGGAAUCUUUAAAAUCAGAAGUAAACAUGCUGCAGAGAAAAAGAUCAGCUUCUGAAGAAAUUAAAGAGAAUUUUAAAGAUGAAGAGCAAGAUGAGGAGGAAGGGAGAUGUCUAUCCUCCUCUUCAUCUCAGAAUGCAUCUGGAUUUCCUCUUGAAAGUACCUUGGGAAACAUGGAACGAAAUGGCAAGACUGAAACAAAAAUACCUGGAAGUUCUAUGGAAACAAGUGAUAGGCAGCUGCACAGUAAACGGUCUAAACCAACAGGUCACAUCUCCAGUAAGACAAAUAAACUUGAGGAAUCAGAAAACAAAGGACAGCUUACUUGUUCUACAAGCCAACAAGCUCCCUGGGGUGGGGCUUCCCAUGUUGGGGACCAGGAAGGGGCUCAUGAUCCCAAUGCAGAUCUGGAUUACAAGACUGAGAUUUCUCAUACAACCAGAAGUGCUGAGGCUUCAGAAAGCUCCAAACAGAUGAAGCAUAAGAGGACACCUUGCAUGUAUGGAGCAGGCUGUUACAGGAGGAAUCCCGUUCACUUUCAGCAGUUCAGUCACCCUAAUGAUGAUGAUUAUUAUGAAACAGAUACUGUAACUCAAGAUAACAAUGAUAACCGCCCUGAAUGCCCAUAUGGAACUGCUUGCUAUAGGAAGAAUCCCCAACACAAACUUGAAUACAAGCACACUGUACCUCCAGUAGCUGAAAGACGAACCCGACAACAAACUUCCAAGAAUGGAAAAAGAGGUUUAGAGGAAGACAGUGAUAAUGAUGGUGAACCAAAUGAAUAUGAUCUUACUGACAGCUUCAUAGAUGAUGAGGAAGAGGAAUGCGAACCUACUGAUGAAGAUUCUGACUGGGAACCAAGUUCAGAAGAAAAGGAUAAUGAAGAUGUUGAAACACUUGUGAAAGAAGCACAGAGAUUUGUUAAGACCAAAAAGUAGCUGCACUGAAUAACAUUAAGAAUGUCCAAUCUAGUUGUGUUAAAAUUUGGGUGUGCAAGAAGAGGAAUUGUUUCAAAAACUACUUUUUCCUUGAUGAUGUAGGAACCAUGGGGAGAGUUUGAUGGCGGUGAGGGGAUUCAGCAAUACUUUCAUUUUCAUGUGAAUUUCACACUUUUUUUUUUAUUAAGUGCUGGAGUCAAAUGAUUGAGCUCUGGGAUUGUAUUGUGUGUCAGCUGAAGUAGGGCUUUGUAAAACAGAGCUUUCUCAGCUAUUUCUUCUCCAACAUCAUUAUUCUGGUAGCGUGAAAUACAAUUGUAAAGGUUUAUAAUGCUUUAUCUUUGUGUUUGAAAUAAAUAUUGACUUUAGAAAAGUCUUCAGAUUUGCUGAAACACAACAUAUACUGUGUUGAAUAAAGAGAAGCUAGACUUCAGCCUGUGAUAUGGCAGGUAUGAUUCUUGGCCAUCACUGGGGAAAUAUGUCUAAACCAUCUUACAUGUUCUUUUCAGUUGCUGAAACCUUACAUUUCAUUAAUCAGCUACUAGCUUUCCUUUUAGGCUUCACUUCUUUGGUUGUCUUGAUGUACAGUAGUUAAAUACUGGUUGUCUAAAUAACUUCAGAAUAUCUAAGUGUACUGAACCUGUCCCAGUGCAAAUUAUGGUGUAUUUGCUCUAAUUACAGUACCUGUUCAAAUACAUGUACAUCCCUGGAGCUGUGUUUGGUUCAAAAAAAAAAUAUGAAAUAAAAUAACUAUUUUUGCACAAUCAAACUUAUAUGCCACAAGGAAAAAAAACUUACUCUGUCUCUGUUUUUUUUUAAAGGCUUUGUUGGAGAUCCUGCCUUCAGCGUGUUCACAACUUUCCUGAGCUUAAGUUAAAAUUUUUUAAUGUGUUUCUGAACAGAUGAUUGAAGCCAUGUUAAUUUGGAACUUCUCUUUCUUUUUUUUUUCCUUACUAUCUAAUGUAGAAAAUCAGCAAGGGUACCAUUCUUGUGUGACUUUGUGAAUUUUUUCCUGAUUAUGGUUGAAUAAUAGAUACCCAAAUGCACUUUGAGCAUUUUUGUUGGGUGAUGAAAUGGUCUCUACUGGUGAACUUGAGGGAGCGUGUGUUCCAGCUGAUCAGCUUUUUGCAGCACAUUCCCAGCAUGAAGAAAAUACCAUUGUCCAGGGCUUCAGAAGAAGCAGAUGUUUGUAGUAAUUUCCUACCUCUUUAAUAUGCUUUUGCAGUCGUAAGUUUUUUAAUCAUUUUUAUGCCGUUAUAUCUGUGCUUGAAGUGAUUGAGCGUCGUCAAAGUAAACUCUGCUACUCAAA